AUGCGAAAAGUGGACUUGUGAUAUUCUAUGUACUUUUGUAUUCUUUGGAUGUACGAAAAGAUCGGCUUUUAUAAAACGCACGUUUCCAGAACCGAAGUUUGGUUUUAACGAGGUUAUAAUGGCUAAUAUUAAUAUAAGAUUAAUUACCAAACAGCAACAAUAUGCUGUUCCAGAUUAUCCUUUAUCAGUAUUUACAUCUAUUACAACAAAUGAAUUAAAUAAUCUUGUAAAUGAGCUCAUAAAAGAGUCUCGUCAAUUGGAUAAGGAGAUAGAUUUUGAUUUCCUAAUCUCAUCACAGUUCUUACGUACUACAUUAUCUGAACAUAUAUCUGAAAAGGAUCUUUCUACUGAACAAGUAAUAGAUAUAGAGUAUAUUGAAAAACAUCAACCACCAGAGCCACAGGACUGUCUUAUUCAUGAUGAUUGGGUUUCUGCAGUAGCUGUAUGCGACAAAUGGAUAUUAACAGGUUGUUACGAUAACACAUUACACAUAUGGACAUCUAAAGCAAAACAUCAACUUGUGAUACCUGGACAUACAUCUGCUAUCAAAGCCGUAGCAUGGGUAUCUUUGAAUGAAACAAAUGGAAAAUUUGUUAGUGCAUCACACGAUCAGACAGCAAUAAUAUGGGAUUGGAAUAUCAAAACCAAUUCUGUAGAUUGUAUCCAUGUAUGCAAAGGACACGAACGAGGAUUAGAAGCAAUUGGUGUGAAUUAUGAUAAAUCAUUAAUGGCAACAGGAUCAUGGGAUACGAUGCUGAAAAUUUGGUCUACCUCUUCACAAGAUGAAACAGAAGAUGGCGAACCUAAUGCAAAAAAAUUAAAAUCAGACCAUGGAAAAACAAGAGUACCUAAAAGAACAAUGAAAGGCCACAAGGAAGCUAUCAGUGGUAUUACAUGGUCAGAUAAAACAGAACUUAUAACGUCAUCGUGGGAUCACACUGUGAAAAUAUGGGAUUCUGAAUUAGGUGGAAUGAAGCAUGAAAUAAUGGGAAAUAAAAGCUUUUUUGAUCUUGAUUACUCAGAAUUAUCUCGGACUGUUAUAACGGCGUCUGCUGAUAAACAUGUUAGACUAUAUGAUCCCAGAUCAACAGAAGGAGCAGUUGUAAAAGCUAUGUUUACUUCACAUACACAAUGGGUACAAACUGUUCGCUGGUCAACAGUAGAUCAUCAUUUAUUCCUUUCAGGAGCAUGUGAUAACGAAGUAAAACUUUGGGAUACUAGAAGUCCUAAAGCACCCCUAUUCGAUCUUUCUGGACAUGAAGAUAAGGUUUUAUGUUGUAACUGGUCCAAUCCAAAGUUUAUAGUAUCAGGCGGUGCUGAUAAUACUGUAAGGAUAUUUAAAUCAAAACAAUUCGUGCAUUGAUUGUACUUUUAUCUUGUACAAUUUUAAAUGUAUGAAAAUAUUCUACAUUUUUGUAAAAUUUAUAAAUAUAUAUACAUAUAUAUAUAUACAUAUAUAUGCAUAUAUACAUAUAUAUAGAAAUAAUUUUUUUUAUUUAUUUGUUCAACAAAUACUCGGUGCAAUGUAUAAAGUCAAAGUUCUUGAGUUUCCCUGUUAAAUAUUUUCAUAUUUUAUGAUCGUAUUUACGGUCAUAAUUUAUAAGCAUAUAUUCGUUAAAAGAAAAAGUAGUUAAAGAACGUUGUACAAAAAGAAAAAGAUAAUGGAAUUUAUAGUUGGGCUAUUUAUUCUGUAAUGUUAUAAAAUCGCUAAUGAAAAUGAUGUAACUUUUAUGAUGAUGUAUUACCAGGAGAAAUUUUUGAGCGCAAACUUCUUUUAUUGCACAUAAACCAUCCAAAAUAUGUAAUUAAAAUGAUAUCAUUGUAAAUGUUGAAAAUGAUAAGAUAACUGCUUGUGUAUUUCGUAGUUAAAAUAUCGAAGUACGGCUU